GUCAGUAUCCAAUUUCCUCUCAAACAGUAUCUUUCGUUUUCGUAUCCAUCAAUUUCCUCUCGUGCUUCUACUUCUUCCCGGAUUCUCUCUCUCUCUCUCUCUCUCAUUUUUUAAGUAAAUUAACAGCAAAGCUUUCUCUCUCUCUCUUGAUUCUUUUCAUGUCCAAAGUUUCGCUUUCUCUCUCUAGGCCUUUCUCUCCCUACAGCGCUCUCUGUUUAUGGGCAGGCUUUCCCUUCUCUCUGUCUCCAGAUUCCAUAACGUUGCCAAAGUGAAGCCCCCCAAAAGCAGCAGCUCAGCAAAACCCAAAUCGAAAUUCCCCAAAACAAAACCGUUUCAAGAAGUUCCAAUGACUCAGAGUCCACAAAACCAUAACAGGUUGCCCCUUUCUGAGGUCGUGGCCGACUGUGUUAAACGAUGGUUUCAAGACACCCUUAAAGAAGCAAGAGCAGGCGAUAGUUCGAUGCAGGUCCUUGUUGGACAGAUGUAUUACAGUGGCUAUGGUAUUCCUCGUGAUGCCCAAAAGGGUAGGGCAUGGCUCACAAAAGCUUCGAAGAACCGGUCUUCAGUUUGGAAGGUUAGCGACAAGCAUCCAGGGUACAAUGCCAGUGAUUCAGAUUCAGAUGAACAAAUAAAAGAACAAAAGUAGAGGAGGCUCCUCUUCGUUUACUACUAAUGUUGAUCAUGUGAUUGUUUCUACUCAUUGGAAUGUUUCCCAGAAGAGCAGGCUUGGGCUUUGGAUAUGCUGAGGUUUUACUCAUGUAUCGGAUCAAAAACUAUGUUAGCCAUGUUCCAUUCUGGAAUUAUCUCUUUUUCUUCCAUUGUUGCCAUCUUUUGUAAAAAAAUUUCAUAUGCAGCAUGUGAUUGUUUCUACUCAUUGGAAUGUUUCCCAGAAGAGCAGGCUUGGGCUUUGGAUAUGUUGAGGUUUUACUCAUGUAUCUGAUAAAAAACUAUGUUAGCCAUGUUCCAUUCGGGAAUUAUCUCUGUUUCUUCCA